AUGGCCUACCUCCACGAACGUCCUUCAGUGAGAUGUGCCAAGGACCCGGAAGCAAAUGGAGCAGACCCAACUCGAGACCCCUUGAAGCCCGCUCUUUACCUGGCAACCUUCUUGAAUGCGGUGCUUGUGCCUGGUUGUUUGGUGUUAGUCGGCUGGUACAUCACACGCCGGCUUCGGGUGCUCAUCAGCGGAGGCAGUUCCAUCAAGCCUUUGCGGCAAAGCGAGGAGAGUGCAGAAGGCAUCAAAGUGUUUCUUGCUAGGGCACCAGCGGCUUCCGAUAUGUCAGAGCCUCCGGAUUCCGAGCAUGUCUCCGGCCUUGCUGUGUCCACCUACGCAGCAGCCUAUGCGACUUGUGCCUCAGAGCUUGCGGCAAGCAGCACCGUGAAGGCUGGGACCGGUGCAAUGCAUAACAUAGCGAGAAGCAUGAUUGUACCAAACCCCGCACAGCUUGGAAGGUGA